CUGCUCGUCGUCUUCCUCCUUCCCAUUUCCACCUAUAAAACCCACCCCCACCACCCGUUCCCACAUCACAACUUCUCAAUUCCACAACCCAAAGCCACAAGCAAAGAAACCGGCGCAAGCCAGCCAAGGCCGCAGUCGUCUCCUUCUCCUCAGCGUUCUCCUCCGGAGCCGGCGACCAUGGCGGUAGACCUGAUGGGCUGCGGCGGCUACGAGCAGCUCGCGUUCCAGGAGGCCGCCGCCGCGGGGCUCCGCAGCCUCGAGCUGCUGUCGUCCUCGCUCUCGCCCCGCGCUGUCCAGCCGCUGCCGCUCGGGCAGAUCGCCGACCAGGCGGUGUCCAGGUUCCGCCGCGUGAUCAACCUCCUCGACCGCACAGGUCACGCCCGCUUCCGCCGCGCGCCCGCCGCCGCGGCGCCCACGGAAACGCCUCCUCCUCCUUCCGCGCCGUCGCUGCCUCCGGCUGCGGCAGCGCUCGUCUCGCAAUCACAGAAGAGCCUGGCGCUGGACUUCGCGAAACCGGCGACCAAGACCGCUGCGGCGCCGGCCGUCUCCGCGACGUCGACCUCCUUCUUGUCGUCCGUAACGGCCGGCGGCGAUGGCAGCGUGUCCAAGGGCGGAAGCCUGAUCUCCUCCGGCAAGCCACCUCUGCCGAAGCGCAAGCUCCCCUGCGCCGCCGCCGCCGCCGCGGCGCACCCCGAGUCCGCCCGGUGCCACUGCUCCAAGAAGAAACGUAAGCACUCGCGCGGCGCGUCGCGCACGGUGCGCGUGCCGGCGCCGCCGUCGUCGUCGCCGCCGGGUUCCCGCGCGGCCGCGGCGGACAUCCCCGCCGACGAGUAUUCGUGGCGCAAGUACGGGCAGAAGCCCAUCAAGGGCUCCCCCUACCCGCGCGGGUACUACCGGUGCAGCACCGCCAAGGGCUGCCCCGCGCGGAAGCACGUGGAGCGCGCCGCCGACGCCCCCGCCACCCUCAUCGUCACCUACGAGGGCGACCACCGCCACGACGCCCCCGCUGUCGCCGUGCAUCAUUAGCUGCAGCAUAUUAGUAGUAGAAGCAUGCUCCUUCAUUUGUUCUUUGAUUAGUGGUAGCUGCUCGUGUAAAGAAUCAAAGAUUGCAGAGGAGAGCAAGGAAGGCAGAUUAGAGAGGGGAUUUGCUGUGCUUGUAGCUCCUAAUUGCAUCUCUAAUGAGCAAUUUUCUCGACAAUCUUACCAUCAA